AUGACUGAUGAAUCGAAAAGAGCUUGUGGAAUUCUCGUACUAGCAACAAACUGUCAAGUUAUUAUUUGUUUUGAAGAGAUCUUACGAUCUGAAUCACGUAAACAAGUGAUGCAAGCAUUAACAGACUUAUACACAAUCACACCAAUGUUAACAAGAAUUGUGAUUUAUGAUGCUGGUUGUUUAUUAGCAAAAUCUGUUCGAGCAAAUUUUGCUGAUGAAUCAAGAUCAAAUGAAUUUAAUAAUAAUAUUGGAUUUAAAGCUUUAAAAGAAGUUCGAUUCUUUGUGGAUCGUUUUCAUUUAUCAAAUCAUAAAGAUAAGUACUGUCAUACGCAUUUGAAUCUCGAUUUAGAUGAUACAUUGAAAAAUAUUAACAGUAGUUCUUGUGAACAAAUCAACUCGUGGAUUAAGUCAUAUUCACAGAUGCUUUCAAAUAUGAAUGAAUAUCGAUUUGUUGCUGCCUUAUUGAUAUUAUUUCAUUUACGUAAUUGUUCCCAUACCAAUGAAUCGAACAAUUAUGCGGUCAAUUCUUCGUCAAAUAAAUCGGAAUCAUCUUCGAAAACUCCCAGUGAGAAAAUCUCAAUCAAUCAAUCAUCUCGUUCCAGCAUAAGAGAUUCAUUAUCAUCAUCUGAAGCGGCUGUGCAGGUAAGUGAUGAAUAUUCUAAUCCUAUUCCAUUCAAUUUGGAUGUGUCGGCGAACAUUAAUCAUCAACAAAAUGAAAUUUCAAUUGAAAACAGUUUGAAUACAAAUUCAUCUUUUAUAGUACCAAACAAUUUGAAUAUUGUUAAUGAACAAUACAAAGUAACAACUCAUCAAUUAUCAGAGGAUCUGUCUAUCAAAAUUCCAUCUAAUUCAGAAAUAACAAUUAGUGGCUUUACAUUAAAAUGGCCCACAUUUGAAGUUAAAAAUGUUAUGUAUACAGGCCAAGCAUAUACUCUCUAUAAUACAUGUGCUAUCGAUUCGGCUCUUUUUUCUCUUUAUUUCAUAUACGUAACAGAUGAAAUUAUUUCAUCUGAGCUCAAAGAAGCCGCAGAAUCAUCACCUUAUGCAACACUAAUAAAAACUUUCAAUAUUGUAGAAAAGGAAGGAUGGGACGUAGCACGUAUUUAUUGGUUAUUGAAUUCUACCGAUGAAAACAUUGAUAAAUUUGAGAUUGAAACUGAGGGUGUAUGUCCAAUAAUGAUGAAGCGCAAAGAAGAAAUAAGUGAAGCUGAAGCACUUCAAAAGAAAUACAGAGAUGGUCGCGUACCCUUUUUCAAUUGUGAAACAAACAAAAAUGAAUAUGAGCGUGGCUGGAUAUGUAACUCUACAAAUAUUCACACAUCAGCUACAUUUGAUUAUGGCCAUCCUCCCAUAACCAUUGUAAAUAUUAAGCUAUUUUCAAAAAGAAUAGAUGAAGGCUACGAGCCAAAUCCAGUUCGACUUCGUGAUCUUAAAGACACCAUUAGAAUCUGUUCUAUUAAAUAUAAGCUGCGUGCCGUGAUUAAUCAUCGAGAUGCGCACUUCACUGCCACUCUAAUUGGUUCUGACAAAGAAUUGUAUAUAUACGACGAUCGACAAGGUGCUCGACGUACUCGCACUUCACCAGACCGCGUCGAAAUAGCUGUGUACACGCAAAUCUAUGAAUAUUAG